AUGUUGCCCAUUGACUCCCAGCUAGGUAUUCUAAUUCUCUCUGCAGUUAAUGUGAUUCUGGAUGCAGAAACUGCCCACCCCAACCUCAUCAUCUCUGAUGACUUGAAGAGUGCUAGACUUGGAAACAAGUGGAUCCAUAUGCCUGACAGUCCAGAAAGAUUUGAUAGCUGCAUUUUUGCCCUGGGCUCUCCAAGCUUCCGCUCUGGCCGUCAUUACUGGGAAGUGGAGGUGGGAGACAAGACAGGGUGGGUCCUGGGUAUCUGCAAGGCAUCCACAAGCAGAAAGGGGAACAUGACUCUGUCGCCAGAGAAUGGCUACUGGGUGGUGAUGAUGAUGAAGCGAAAUGAGUACCAGGCAUCCACCUUUCCCCCGACCCGCCUGCGGAUGAGGGAGCCCCCCAGGCGUGUGGGCAUCUUCCUGGAUUACAAGGCUGGAGACAUUUCCUUUUACAAUGUGACAGCCAAAUCACACAUCUAUACAUUCACCAGCUUCUCUUUCUCUGGGCCCCUUCAAGCUAUCUUCAGCCCUGGGACACAUGAUGGAGGGAAGAACAUGGAUCCUCUCACCAUCUGUCCAGUCGGUGACCAGGGGCCUCACUGAAAGCCCUACACUUUGCAUCUCUCUUCCAACUCCCAGCCUUGUACUUUGAACUUAUACUCUCGCCAGUUACUAUUGAACAUACAUUGGGUUCUGGGUGCUUUGGGAAAUAUAAUAAAUCAGAGAAUAGUCCUUGUGUCCUAGGAGCUUAUGGAAUAGUAGUAGAAAUAAGCUAGGUCCUCAAAUAAUGGUAAACCAAGGGUGAAGAGAACACAUAUGCUGAUGACAUGCCAUGUUUUUUUCAGAGUAGAAAGUGCAUGGCUUAAUAAACCCUUGUAUGGAUUAACACCCUAAGAUGCUCCUGCGACAGAGAUUCCACCCUCAUGUUCCCUCAGUACCCAUGGCAAGGAUAUGUCCCCUCAUUUUAUUCUCCCCUGUCUUGAGGACUUGUCUAGGGGGAAAAAAAUAAGCAAAGUGGUUUGCUAUACAUUUUUUUUGUAUCUGGAUUAAUGAACUGUGGUUCUUAAGAGUAUUGGCUGUGCCUGAUAAAUAAAUUGAUUAGAAGAUUUAAUCAUAAUUCCA